GUGCGAGUAGACGCGGCAGUUGGAUCGUGGUCUCGCGCUCGCGCGACGUACUUCGACGCCCCCGACGCAUGGAAGAAGACAUUCGCCAAACAAAUUUUUGGCGACCUCUAUGGCAACGCGUGCGGCUUUGUCAACAAAGGAGAGGGACUAGAAAGCAACGAGAACCUACCUUACGCGCGCGAUGCCGUCGCUGCCGUGGCGGAUUACGAUCUUAAACUCCACGAAGGCGCGUGUGGGUCGUGCUUCGAGGUACGAUGCGUCUCCGGAUUCGUGCUAAAAGACUUUAGCGGUGGGCGAAUCGAGUAUUCUCGCGAGCGCGGCUUUUGGGAAGUCGAUCCCGACGCUCUCGAUUCGUACGGACGGAAGGUUCCAGCGCGCCCGGCGAAGCGCGAUGAUGCUACGUCGACUGAAUACGAGUUCGUGCGGUGCUGGGAUGAGUCGCUCGUCAUCAAAGUGAAAAUCAUCGACACUUGCCCGUGCGACUACGAAUACGGCACUCAAGAGAUCUGCUGUGGUCCGGUACCUCAUUUCGAUUUGUCGUUUUAUGCGUUCGAAAAGCUUGCGCACCCCAUUCAAGGAAAGAUGAACAUUGAGUUUCGUCCGGUGUCGUGCGGCGAAGAUUCGAGACGUCUAGACGUCGAUCUCGGCGCGCGCGCCCGCGUCGAAGCGAAGAUUUACGAUGGUGGCCUCGGCGCGGGAUGGGCACUUUUGCCGUAUCGCGAUCGCUGGCUUGUCAUCAACCGCGAAGGAUACGGGCGUAUGGAGUCUUCGUCUGCGCUCUGCGGCGAAUUUUCGCCGCGAGGACGCGUCGCGUUUCAUUGCUGGCUCUGUGAAAUAUCGGCAAAGCCAUUCGCCAACGUCUCGAGCGUCUCCGUUUGGAUUCGCAUCUCGUGCACGGACAAUUUCGACGUCUCGCUCAUCAUUGGUCUCAGUCACCGCACGCGAAAGCAAUGGCGAAACGGCACCGUCCUCACUCCCGCCGUCGAGACGCAAGUCGGCAGAAAAUUCCGUCUCGAUCCGGGGUCGUCGUCGUCCGACUACGAAAUCGACGCCCAGUGCGGGCGCUCGUUCGUCGUCCCCAUCGACGCGUUUCGCGCGUCAUCCAGCGAUCUCGCACGAGUCAACACGCUCGCGAUCGAGGUCCCGAGCGAUGUUUCCGAUCCCGUCUCCUUCUGCGUCGACGCGCUUCGCGCGCGUUCGUGA